UUUGUUUAUUUUUACUUUUUCACCUGCACUGUCCGUCGGUCGCUUGUCCUUGUUUUUAUUUUUCGGCAUUUGCACCUUGUACCCAAAAUAUUUUUAAAUAAAAACAAGAUAAUUCCGAUAAAAAACAAACAAAAGAACAAACAAUGGACAAAUGGGUAGCACUUAAUAGCCAAACUGGCUGGAAGGACAAAAUUGCACGUCUCAUUCAAUAUAUUUCUCGAGCAAUUUGGGAUAUUUUAGAAAGAAAUGAUUCCAAUCCAUCUCUGGCUGAUCAAUUCAAAACAUUAGAAUAUAUUCUCAGUUCUUUUAGGAAGCUUCUACGAUUUGGAAAAUGUCUCGACAUGUUCUAUGCCUCUUUGAGAACUUUCCAUUAUCCCGAUGCAGCCAUCAGAGUCACCCUAACAUUGAGCAAACUCUCAUCAGCCUUAUAUUUGAUUGCCGAUCAUUUAAUGUGGCUUUCUCGAACUGGACUCUUUAAAAACAUAAAUGUCCAAAAAUGGAGUCAAACAGCCAACAAAUAUUGGCUCUUGUCAAUCACAAUGAACCUUUGUCGAGAUGUUUAUGAAAUUCUUAGGCUCGUUGACUUGCAUCGAGCUGCACAAAAGUCAGGAGUUGCCGAUACACGACUUUCUGUGUGCGUCAGAUCUCCCAGGGAUUUGCAAAGACUUGCUUUGCAAUCGUAUGGAGUUCUUUAUGGACACAGAGAUGUUGUUGUAGACACAGUGAAGAAUGUUUGUGAUUUCUUCAUUCCUUUUGCAGCUUUGGGAUAUGCUAACUUGUCGCCAAGGACAAUUGGUAUUUUGGGAACAAUUUCAUCGAUGGCUGGGAUAAUUGCUAUCGCUGAACCGUCGACACAGUUAGUUCCUUCUUAAGGAACAUUAUGUUUAUUUGA